GGAAAUACGUCACCCGGAUGUUCCCCUGUUUCCGCGGGUCUUUCAUGACAACAACACCGAUCCGUGCAACACACUGAGCAGAAAUGGCGGGGGUAAAUGCUAUGGAGAAGAAACUGGCUGAAUACAAGUGUGAUACCAAUGAAGCAAUCUGCCUGAAAUUGGUGCGUUUUCCUGAGGACGUUGAUGAUGACAGCACCACAUUCCACCCAGAGUACAGCCACCAACUAUUUGGAGACGAUGAAGUGGCUUUUGGAUACAAAGGUCUUCAGAUGAAGAUCUUCUACACCGCUGGAAACCUGAGCACCCUCUUCAAAGUGAAAUAUUCCUCAAAAGUCACCGACACAUUUGAUUGUGUGGAGCCGGAUGAUGUCGGAGGGAAAAUCCGGGAAAUAAUCCCAGCUGGUUUCACCUCCAGCACGGAUGACUUCAUCUCGCUGUUGGAGAAGGAGGCCAAGUUCAAGCCCUUCGGCACCCUGCUUCACUCGUACACGAUCCACAAUGAGGAGGCCGGAGAACUCACCUACCAGAUUCACAAGGCUGACAUCACCUGCCCUGGAUUCCAAGAGUACCACGAGCGCCUGCAGACCUUCCUCAUGUGGUUCAUCGAGACCGCCAGCUUCAUCGACACAGACGACGAUCGUUGGGACUACUUUCUCGUAUUUGAAAAGUACAAUAAAGACGGGGAGACUCUCUACGCAACUGUUGGCUACAUGACCGUUUAUAAUUACUACGUGUACCCAGACAAAACCAGACCACGUGUAAGCCAAAUGCUGAUCCUGCCUCCUUUCCAAGGAGAAGGUCAUGGCUCUCAGCUUCUGGAGGCGAUACACAGGUUUUACUGCAGCCUGCCCAAAGUGCAAGACAUCACAGCUGAAGACCCAUCAGAGAACUACGUGAAGUUGAGGGACUACGUCCUGUCCAAGCUGUGCCAAAACCUGCCGUCCUUCGCCGCAGACAAGUUGCCCCUCGGCUUCUCGGCUGACAUGAUCAAAGAGGCACAAGAAAAGCUGAAAAUUAACAAGAAACAUGCAAGACGGGUGUAUGAAAUCCUGCGCCUGAGAGCAACAGACAUGAGUGAUGAAGACCAAGUGAAGGCUUACCGGUUAGAGGUGAAGAAGAGGCUUUUUGGGCCGUACAGGAAAAACCAGAGGGAGCUGGCGAAGAUGAAGAAGUGCCUUCGGCCGGAGGAGCUGGUGUCUCACAUGGGACAGAUGGACACUCAGACGCAGCAGGAGGAACUGGAGAAGAGCUACCAGCAUGCUGUGGAAGACUACAGGAGAAUCAUCGAGAGGCUAGCGUCGCACGCCUGAUUGGACCGUGAGAUAUCUGGACUGAAGUUCGAUCUGUACAAAGGUCCACAGCACCACAGACUUUUGCUGCAGCAGAGAAGACACAGUUUGGUUUAAAAAGUGUUACAGAAUCUGACCGCAGCAGAAAAAAGCUCGGCUUUUUCACGCGGAUACGAUAAAACAGGUGGAGAGUUCUACCGGAGGGCAUGACUUCCUGAUUGUUUCAGUGUGUGAGAUAAAAUGGUGUGAUAUUUCACUGGAAAUUACAGAAAAACAUGUUUCUUUUCUUCCAUCAUAGAUAUUUUUAUUCUCCUGUCAAAAGGUUCCAGUGUUAACACCUCAUAACGAAAAGUGGUUUUGUAUGUUGUUCAAAUAUGUUAAUUCCUAAGAAUAAAAUAAAAUCAAGCAA